AUUUUGUGCGGCAGCAUUUGCAAAAAAAAGUUCGAAGGCGAUGUUGCUUGCUUGAUGUUUUACUACCGGCGCACCAACUUUUGUCCUAGCAAAAGAUAGACUUGUUCUUGCUGUUGAUCCGGCAUCGUUUUUCUUUGUGACACUGAUGUGUGACUUUGACGUUCAACCAAUCACAAACGCUUAUGCAACUUCUUGCGUAUGCCUGACGUCACUUUACAAGUUGGGUUGAUGUAGAAAUACGGGCAGAUUCUCCGAGUUUUGCUGCAAAAAGUAGAACCAUUUACUUUCUGCAUCAAACUUGUUCAACUCGCAACAACAACAAAAAUGCUGCGACAAAAAUGGUUCGCUGGAAGUAAAACGCUCAACGUCAAUUGCCAAAAAAGUUGUACGUUGUACGAUUUUGCUGGCUUUGCCGUUCCAUGUCCACUGGAGACAGUUACUGAUCUCUAGAAUUAUCUGAUAGCCAAAUUCUGAUUUUUUUUUUCUAGAAAGUUUUAGCAGAAGCACGCGCGAACAUUCAUCGCAAUACAUGACGUCAUAAAAGUCAAUCAAAUUAGUCAAAUCAAAGCCGUUCAUUUUCCCGAGAGAUGUGUUGUUCGCCGUAGCGCCCUGUGGCGCGACAUGCGGUGGAAAUGUUUGAUUUUAUUUCUGAUAACUUUGUCAUGUUUAGUAUCCCCUACCAGAAGUAACGUAGUUGAAGGUCAAAAUGUGAGUGUCACCAAUUCAUCGGAGCAAGACCCAAGGUAUCGCGUCCCUACCUUACGCGUCCCACAAACACAAGACCCGCCAACCAGUCCUCAUCCCUUGACGCCAGAGAAUGUAGGAGAACAAAACAAUGACACAGCCUUUCAUACUACACAGCCAUCAACGGCAGAAAGGUCUCCCUUGCAUUAUGCAGGUGCCAAGUUGUUGGGCGUCAUUCUAAGUGCCGCUAAAACUCUCACUGACUAUUUCCCGGGUCUCGUCAACAACGUUCCUGAACCGCUAGUAAACAUCACUUCCACUCAAACCAGCCCAACCUCGCAAACGCAUAGCAACUCUUCAUCACCGCAACACGGAGGAAAUACAUCACAGAUACAAAUCUAUCCUUCUAAUACGCCUGCUAUUGCACACGAGAUUUUACCUUCAAGACAAAGUCCGUCCUUAGAAACUUCACAUCGUGAAUCGGCAGUUCCCCCGAGGCAAAGACUGCUACCGUACCAGGCAACUGCUUUGUCACAGAAAGAACCAAUCUUGCCACCAUUGGAAGAAGCGUUUUCUGAAAAAUCAUCAGUCUCCCUGCCGGAAGCAGUACCGUCUGAUACCCUGCCAAUACCUCCGAAAGAAAAUUCCUAUACAGCUCCUCAAUAUGACGGAGAAAGUAACAGACAACUAAGAAAUGAUACCUCGAGGUUAUUGGGGCAGAACUUGUCAAUUCUAAAAACACCGAAAGUACUUUCAUCUGAGACGUAUGCCCGCGCUCAACAAAUGCCUGCCUUACCAUCGACAGAACGACCUUUAGCUGAAACUUCUAUAGCACAUCAGAAACCUGGCUUAUUGCAACCACAAAGUUUACCACUCUAUAAUCCUUCUGUGACACGGGAGAAUUCAACACCAAUAGAAGGUCAUAUAUACGGAAGAUCAGCGGUGAAACAUCAAGAACCAGGAUUGGUGCAAGCAUUGGCAACCUCAAGUUACAUCUCUCCUCAAAUAGAUGGAGCAAGAACAAAGGAACAGAAUAAUGGUUCCUUGAUAAUGGGAGAAAAUUUAAUAAUACCGCAAACAUCUCAGCCUGACACCCCGGAUGUAUUACACCAAGACCUAGCACUAGGGCAUGCACAAGAAAUGUCGCCUUCCACCCCAACUACAAAACAGAAAGUGCAAGUGUUACAACCUGUAGAAAGUCAUUUAUCGAGAGAAUCAGCUCUCUCACAGCUUGAACCAGUAAGAACACCAACAAAUCCACUGCCGAAGGAUAACCUUGCUGCGUCACAACGAACUCAAGCAAGUGAAAACACGUUAGAACCCUUUGGGAGACAGACAGAAGCACACGUGGACACGUCAAUGGUAGCAAACAACCAAAUACUUCUCGAAACACCUACGGCGCAACAAGAAGCAGUUCCAGAUCCAGUUGAAAGACUGUCGUCUAAAAUUGAUAACACUUAUCAAACUGAUGUUACAGAUUCAACAAAACAAGCCAUUGCCACGUCACGAUCAUCCAUUGCACAGCCGUCUGUUCGCAGCGAUGCAUUGAAGACUGAUGUCUCAGAUAAGCAAUCGAGCCUCGAAGGAUAUAGAUCAAUGAAGAGCUCACAAUCUCAACAGACUGGUGCUAGGGAGGAGGCCAAGAAAGUGGCAAUGCAUGACUCAGUAAUUGAUAAAUUGAGCGCUGUGGAAGUGCAAAACCGUAUCUCGGACAGUGCCCCGGGAAGCGUUCCGGACAUCGGACGGGCAGGGAAGAUUGCCAGUCUCAGUCAACUAAACCUUCCCAACCAGCCCGAUGGUAAAGCCACUACUACCGGACAGCUAGGGACUGGUCCGGACACCCGAAUUCGUCGCUCUGUUGCGGACAUCACGGACGAUAUACUGUGGGACAAGAACCAGGACAUUGAUAUCUCUGGCGAAGGAAAGAUAAAGACAAGUGUAAGUAUAGGAGUGGACCCGGAAAUGGAUCUGGGAGAGGAUAAUGGAGAUAUAACACAGCUACCUGAAUUGCAUCAAGACUUCGACUCUUCUGGUGAUAAGAUUACUAAACUAGACUCAGAUGUAAAAUUUGGAACAGAAUCAGAGGCGGACUCCGAACUGGAUUUCGAUAUAGAUGGUGGAAUAACUGACCAGACAGAUUCUAAGGAAGGUAGUCAACCAACAUAUGGCCGUCAGUACUGGCCGACCGUCCCAAAUAACAUGCCUACCACACUGCACGACCAAACUACGCCACGUGGCCUACUCACUGAGCUAAAUGCAAGCGUUGACAUGACAUCAGCACCGAAGCUUAACCUCUCAGGGGUGGUAAACGUGGAAAAUACGAGUACUGGCACGACUGAGGGAGUGCCUCCAGGGGAGCAUUACAUCACACGCGACCCAGAGGUAUAUGGUGUGCAGCUGAACAGAAGCCGCAGAAACACAGGUCACCUGGGCGAAGUUCGUGGUCACGUGCCCCGUCCUGGCUCCGCCCACGCUGAUUACACAAGGGUCUUCGUCGUGCUAAGUGCCAUCCUUGGGGUGAUAAUUCUGGUGAUGACCACCGCGUUCAUCAUCACAAUGUUCAAAUACUACCGAGAUAAGCGAAGAGUAAUAAAAUCAAGUCUACGCUCAAAUGACGCCGAAGCAAUGGAAAAGAGAGCACGUACAGGUAAUGUAAUGUGUCCCUCUCCACCACCAGCUCCACAGGUCCACAAUCAUCGCUACCACAGCCCGAGCCCGAUAAGUUACCGGCCCUGCUAUGAUGAAAACCGUCACGUGAUUCACGGCCACAACAGAGAUCGGAGCCCAUCAUCUGUACGGGAGGAGAUCUGCUACGCACGCUCAGUUAUCAUAAGAAAUGAACAGGAAAAGCAGAAAGACCGUAGGGCAUCAGAAACCCGGAAUGUGAUCAAACACUUGACUGCCGACAGACGUCACUCGCUCCAGGAACAACUCACCCUCAGCAAACACGUGAUCUUGGAGGAGGGCGUGGACGCCAUGAGGGAGCUGCACGCUGCAGCCAAUAGGAAACAACUGAAAGAGAUCACAGAUGAACAUCUAGGCCAAUGGCAGAGCUGGCUUGGGGACGGAAUUGCUGCGGGUCGAAAAGUCAUUAUGAGUGCAUGGAGUUAUAUGCUGGAGCAGGAGGACAGGUUUUCUUCGAACAGACCCAUUAACGAUGAACAAACCCCGACCGCCCCGAACCGCUCAUGGAAAGAAAAUUUCGCUGAGCGAAAUAGUUCGGUUUCCGGAUAUCAGCAGGUUAAUAUGAGUGAAUGCCCUCUUUCGCCGGGACAGAAUCAAAAGGAACCCGGGGCUUUACCACAUAAGUCUGCUUACAGUGAAGGAGCUUUGAUCUCUCCAAACCUCUUACGGAAUCAAAAUAGCGCAAAAGAGCCGGCAAAACGGCGAGUAGAUCACUGUGAUGAUGGCGUGUGUCCACAGGAAUCCUUCUCCUUGGAGGAGGUUUGUUACAGGCGCUCUUCUGAAUUGAAAAACUGUCAGCAAGAUGGACAGAAGAAGAGAAGAAAUUCAGAAACCAGGAAAGUUAUCCAAGCGCUCACCUCGUCCUCAAACACACGUCGGCAAUCGCUCUUUGACCUGCUUAUCCUCGCACGCGAUGUGAUACUUGCGAGCGCGCACGACAAGGCACACGAAAAACACGUGACCGAGAAGCGUAAAGUUGUGCGAAGAAUUACGGACCAUGGGGAAAGUCGGCGCAACUCACUUCAAGAAGAUCUAAUUACAGCUCGAAGUGUGAUUAUGGAGACGCCGGAACAUAAAGAGACUCGGAGAAAAGUCUUAGAAAGGCUCAAGGUUCUUCGUUAUGUGUUAGAUGAUCCCGCACACACCCGUCGGCGGUCCUCGUUUGCGGACGAAGUAAAGUAUGCGAGGUCAGUCAUUAUAAGGGAUGGACUUGGAGAAAAACGUGCGAAAAGAAAUAGGGACUGCAUACGAAAGAGUGUUGUGUUAGGCUCCUCGAGAUUCUGCUUCGCGAGUUACCUCGCGUCUGCGCGGUGGGUCAUCAUUAAUCCAGAAGUGAUUCUCCAAAUCGAGGCCGAUGCUAAUGAACGAUCGAAGAACUUCAUAGGUCACCACAACAACCCAGUCCUCCUACCGUCAGCACGACCACAGCGACACCAUAGCGCUCCGGGCGACCUAACUAAGUCAACUAGGUCAAGCCGAUUGGGUUACGAGGGACUUGAGGUUAGGAAGACGGUUUCCGAGGGCGUGGCUCGACCCCCUCGCCGCCGUAAACCAACUGCACGCAGCAUCCGAUGGAAAGAGCUCCAUUGCAAUACCUCUUCCUCUUCGUCGUCCCAAAAUACCUCUCCCGGUACCUCCCCUUACACCUCUUCCCAUCAGAUUGGUCGCAGCCCUAACCACGCCCUUCCCCAUCCGUCCACGGGGUCACCCAGUCAACCCUCCUCUAGACCAUCUCGGGGUCCAUCCUUUUAUUCCGCCCAGGGCUCGUUUCACUCGUUUACGUCACUCUCCCCCAAGCCUUCCCCUAAGUCAUCUUUUCACUCUUGCAUUGAUUCCUCCACAGACUCCUCCUACCACUCAGUCACACAGAAAUCCCGUCUACCGUCCACAACAUCAUCUAACUCCAGUAGGACUUCUUCCAUUCACGUACCCUCUUUCCACUCCACUCAACCAGCAAAUGCCCCCUUCACCCUACCUUCUACUAGCCUCUCCUUCAACACAUCUUCCCCUCCCUCACCUAAACCAUUAUCAAGCUAUUUCUCCCGCUCUUCGACUGACAUUCCUCCCCUACUCGAUCCGUCCCUUCCCUCCCCUAAACUCUCGUCUAGUCACUUCUCUCGAUCAUCAGCCAAUUCCUAUCCCUACCCCCUAACGCAGUCUGUCUUGCUAUCCCACUCUGCUCCCGUUACAUUGAAGUCGCCCUGGAGCCAAAGCCCCACCGCAAAAUGGGGGGAUCAUGUUACUGCAGAAUCUACAGCAGUAACCCAGGAACAUGAUACUGACAAAAGCCGUAUUUCUGCGCCCACAAUACUCAGAGGUAUAACAGGAGUCGCGCAUCAUCAAAGUACCGCUGACAAGUCUACAAGAAAUAUCGCGGGCUUGGGUAGUACCCUAUCAAAGAAAGAAAACUUCAACCGAUAUCAGAUGGACGGAGUGAUACGCCCUGAAAUAAUUCUGUGUAUUAUCGACCCCGGAGACGAGGCAAAGACUGAAGCAAAGAAGGAGCAAUCAAACGAAUUGACCAAUCAUGUACUGCCAAGAGAUGACGUCAUUAUUGAUAUGACAACGGCGGAAGUGGAAGAGACUUACCAGAAUUCCCACUGAGCCUCUAUUUUGUAUUUUAUUGAAUCUUUAAUUGCAUUUCUAGAUAUAUUUACGCUCUGUUACAGUCGGGAUAAUACUCCGUCAUCUCGCUGAGAAUUGCAUGAUAUUCAGAAACUUUGUACACGUUUUAUGGCCAAAAUGAGCCUUACCCUUUGACUCUACCCUAGCAAAGCUUAAACCGAUUUCUAUUAUUUGCUACCUACUGAUGCAAAGCACAGGCUUUCGUGGAAAUGAAUACAUUCCAGUCUGUAGUUGACAUAUAGCUACCGGUAAUAAACCGAUGUUGUAUAAGAA